CGUCGUUUGCCUGGGUUGCGUUUGCAUUGGUUUGGCACGUGCGAUUUGUGUUGGUGAUCUGCGUUUUAAAGCAACGUCUUCUCGUUUAAAGUCAGCGUGGACGACUGCGCCGUGAUUGUCGACUGACAUGUUGCUAAAGAGUCGUUGAGAUGUGGUUUAACGCGGACUGUUCUGCGGAAGUGCCAGGCAAGGAUUCCUUCCAAACUGCUUUGAGAGUUUGGAUCGACAAACCACACACUAUCAACAGGCGAUUGACAGGUGUCAAACCUCUCCGUGAGCGUCUGAUCAAGGCAGCUGUACUGGAGUCCGAUGAUUUGCUUAACUCUCUCACCGAACAACUGAGCAGUGUGGACGUAGAUGGACUUGACAGUGUGCUGGAGCCCCUGACCGAUCAUCCCGAAUGCUCAUGGAAGGAUGCUUCUGAAAUCGUUGGCUAUGUCCUGGAAAGAGACCUUUUGCCGAAGCAAAUUGACCGGUUUUCUUCCGUUAGGGAGGUGGUGAUAGUGCUCAGUGACAGUGCUGUGUUUUACAAUGCCUCCAAAACAUCCGCAGUCUCUCCCAGCAUCACCUACAGACUACGCCUGAGUGAUGACUCGAGAAUUCAUUUGGAAUUCUUCAAGUUCAAGUGCGAAGAUGAAGUGUCGGGGGCGUCGUGGCUCAAGGACCACGUUCUGCCCAAAGUCACUAAGUGGGCUUGCAGCGAAGCGAUGCCAAAGGGUAAGCAACUGGUGGUGCCCUCACUGAGCCAGGUGCCCAUUGAAAAGUACAACACAAUGUACUUCAACUUGAAGAAGAAAUACGGCAAACAUCUUUGCAAGAUCUGGCCAGAAACCACUGAUCCCUUUAAAUAUGUGUAUGAAGACAUUGCCAUUGCAAGCUACCUGUUGGCUGUCUGGGAUGAGGAGAAGCAGAACGGUUGUGACGUGCCGCCCACCUUCAUCGACGUUGGCUGCGGCAAUGGGCUCCUUGUCUACCUACUCGCAGCCGAAGGGUACGAUGGUGUUGGUGUGGAUGUGAGAAAACGGAAGAUCUGGGAUCUCUUUGGAAGCAGCACAAAAUUACUGGAGCAGCCCAUCACGCCUGAAACACGUUUCCCAGAAUACACUUGGUGGAUUGGAAACCACUCAGACGAGCUGACCCCAUGGAUACCGUACUUGGCCUCGAGGUCAAAACCAGAUGCACGAGUGUUCCUGCUGCCCUGCUGCCCUUUCACCUUUCAUGGGAAGUACCAGCGGCAGCACGGUGGCAUGAGCCAGUACCAGUCAUACCUGCUUUUCCUGCAAGGGCUCUGCCACGACCUUGGCUUUGAUGUCACUUUGGACAGACUACGCAUCCCUUCCACCAAGAGGAUUUGCUUGGUAUGCAAGCCAGGAGAGCGAAAAGACCAGCAAGCCGCUGCUGACGAUAUCGAGGGCUUCAUUCCGAGCCGCAUCGACUUGCAGCAGGAGACCCGACUAAAGCAAGAGCACGAGGCACACACAGAAAAGUUUGAGCCAAGAGCCAAGACGGAGGCUGUCCGCAACUGUACUCAGCUGGACAGGGAUUUCCUGGACUGCACGGUGGACCUUUUGGCCCGGAAGCUCCUCCAGAUGGGUGCUGACUCACCCUGUGGGUCACCCGAGUCUCCAGGACAAGACCAUUGGCUGAAGGGUGGCAACCUCCAUCUGAGCGAGCUUGCGGAAUUACUAAGCAAAGAUGACCUAAACAUGUUGAAGAGCCAGUGUGGGGGCCUCCAGACACUAAUCAGAAACCACAAGCACAUUUUUCGGGUUGACAAGGGCCUGGUAUCCCUCAAUGUUCCCAAGUCGGCAGCUGAGCUUGAGGGGUCUUCAAAAAAGAACUUCACCACAAAGCCACGGGGAAAACGGAAACAUUGUUGGUUCCACCGGAACCAUCCACAGGGCUGCCCGCUUCAGGGCAACGAGUGCACUUUCAUUCACGAGUAAUAAACAACUUUAUACGCACAAUAAAAAAA